AUGUCCGGUAGCAACAGCGCCUCGCGCAACAACAUCCUGCGCGACUUCACCAGCCUGACUGGUCUCCCUGAGGCUCGGUGUACAGAGUACCUCGAGGCCGCGAACUGGGACAUCGGCCUUGCCGCCCAAGCUUACUAUGCCGACCAUGAUUCCGAGGGCGAGAUCGAGCCUGUAGCUCAGGCACCUGCUCAGCCCGCCGCCGCUCCUGCUGAAGAAUAUACUGGUCCCCGAACCCUCGAUGGCCGACCUGCGCCCCAGGCAGCUCAAGCUUCUACUUCGAGGAAGGCACCACCCAAGAAGAAGGGUCUUGCUACACUGAGCUCCCUUGGCGGAGGUGGCCAUGCCCACGAUGACGAUGACGAUGAAGACGACGAUGAUUAUGAUGACAGAGGUCGCGGCGAUCUGUUUGCUGGAGGCGAGAAAUCUGGAUUGGCUGUGCAGGAUCCCUCUCAAGAAGGCGGUGGCACGAAGAAGAUCAUCAACGAUAUCCUUGCCAAGGCUAAGGCCAACGCCUCUCGUCCCGAGACUGCGUCGCCUGCUGGACCCUCGCGAUCCAACAUCUUCAGAGGCACCGGCCAGACUCUGGGCGGUGAAGGCGUCGAGAGCCGCAGCAUCCCUGAUCCCAACACUUUCCAGGAGGGCUCCGGUGGUCCGCCUGGCCAGACCGGAGAGCCCCAGGAGCGCACCCUGCACCUUUGGCAGGACGGCUUCAGCAUCGACGAUGGCGAGCUUCACCGAUUCGACGACCCGGAGAACGCUAUGGACCUUAACAUGAUUCGCGCCGGUAGAGCGCCGCUGCACCUUAUGAACGUCCGCUACGAUCAGCCUGUCGACGUCAAGCUCCAUCAGCACCAGGAGAACUACCGGCCUCUGCCCAAGAAGUACAAGCCCUUUGGCGGAGAGGGACGCCGUCUCGGCAGCCCUGUUCCCGGCGAGGGCAGCUCUUCUGCGUCCACCACGGCGGCCUCGACCACCACUGCGUCCGCUCCCACCGGCUCUUCGGCUACCCAGCACACUGUCGACGAGUCACAGCCUACUCUGACUUUGCGCAUUCAGCUCCCCAACGGCACGAGACUGCCCGCGCGCUUCAACACCACCAACACCGUCGAUGACGUCUACGAAUUCGUCCAGCGUGCGUCCCCCGACACGCGUACUAGAUCAUGGGUGCUGGCCACGACGUUCCCCAACAAGGACCACACUGAUCGCAGUCUGGUUCUCGGUGAGAUGCUCGAAUUCAAGAAGGGCGGAACUGCCGUUGUCAAGUGGGCUUAA